AAUUCGUUUACUACCCAGGACUUCCUUCAAAAUCUUGAGCCCUACACUUCCCGACUUCCAUUUCCAUUAGAAAGCAAUCAAAAAGUGUAACAGAAGAAUAAUGGCUACUUUAGAUGAAACUCCUUCUGCUAAGAGAUGGCUUCCUCUUGAAGCUAAUCCCGAUGUUAUGAACCAGUUCCUAUGGGGCCUGGGUCUUCCAGAGACUGAGGCAGAGUGCUGUGAUGUGUAUGGCUUGGAUGAAGAACUUCUGGAAUUGGUCCCAAAGCCUGUACUAGCUGUGCUAUUUCUUUAUCCCAUAACCUCACAGAGUGAAGAAGAGCGCAUGCUACAGGAAAAUGAAAUAAAGGAACCUACUGGUGGAGUGUAUUAUAUGAGACAAACUGUGGGCAAUGCUUGUGGAACAAUUGGACUUCUUCAUGCUGUCGGAAAUAUCACUUCAAAGAUCAAGCUUGUUGAGGGAUCAUUCUUGGAUAAGUUUUUUAAAACUACUGCAAAUAUGGAUGCCUUGCAGAGGGCACAAUUUCUUGAGAAUGACACAGAGAUUGAAGUUGCUCAUUCAGUUGCAGUUACUGCUGGCGACACAGAGGCUUCAGACAAUGUGAACACUCAUUUCAUCUGCUUCACAUGCGUGGAUGGAACACUUUACGAGCUUGAUGGAAGAAAGACGGGACCGAUUCCUCAUGGUGCAUCUUCACCGGAUACUCUACUGAAUGGUGCGGCUAAAGUCAUAAAGGGGAUGAUCGAAAAGAAUCCUGACUCACUCAACUUCAAUGUCAUUGCCAUUUCGAAGAAAGAUGGUGGUGCUUUUUAAUGUUGUAGGUCUGAAAUCACAAGUGUACCUUAUAAACGUUGAAAUUGUAAUGCCGUAAUUACGGCCCUUAAAUGUUAUUUAUUUAUUUAGUUUGGUUAUGUGCUAGUAAAACACCAUAAGCUCGUGUGAAGUUGUCAGGUGGCUACUUAGUGUGGCAUGGAGUUAU